AUGUAUAUUGACAAUAUAUCUCUCCUUUACGUUAUUGACGAAGCAACUCGCUUCCAAUCCGGCCGAUGGUUGAAAGAUAUCAGUGCUAAACACACCUGGGAUAUACUGCGAAUGUGCUGGAUUGAUACCUACCUAGGCCCUCCAGACUUGAUCACACAUGACGCCGGAAAGAACUUUGUGAGCAAGGAAUUCAAGACCUAUACAAAAACAAUGAAUAUUAGCACAAGAAGUAUUCCCAUUGAAGUACACAACUCGAUAGGCAUGAUUGAAAGAUACUAUAGCCUACUGCGCCGAGCCUACCAGAUUAUCAUUGCUGAGAUCCCUGAUAUUGACAAAGAGAUCGCCCUUCAAAUGGCUUUUAAAGCUAUUAACGAUUCCGCGGGACCUGGAGGCUUGGUUCCUAUCCUACUGGUAUUCGGCGCAUAUCCUCGCAUGGUUGAUUCAGAUGCACCUUCGUUAUCAACUUCCCAGCGGGCUGCAGCUAUCAGAAAAGCCAUAGCAGAGAUCAAGAAACUUAGAGCAGAGCGCCAACUGGCUGAUACAUUAAAUAUGAGAAACGGCCUAUGCAUUACGGCUGUACAUGACUUGCUACCAAGCUCGCCUGUCCUUGUCUGGCAAGAAGGAAACGGAGGAAAAACAGGCAGCUAG